AUGUCCGCAAAUCUGCGCUUUGGGACCGCGCAGCUAUUCCGCGCCCUUCAAUGCGCUAUUGGCGCCGAAGAUGCAGCCCAGGAAUUGCGAUGGAUGAAGGAUGCACUAAGAAAGCACCCAUCUUCUCCAAUGCGUCCUCGGAGUCUCGAUAGUAUGCUCGAACGGAGAGUGAAGGGAGAACCACUGCAGUAUAUUAUCGGCACUCAGCCCUUUGGCCCACUAGAGCUGCUUGUCCGUCCGCCAGUCCUUAUUCCGCGUCCGGAGACAGAAGACUGGACGAUCCGGAUUUUGCAGCAGCUGUCGCCGUCUAGAGAUAGGCCGGUGUCCGUGCUUGACCUCUGCACCGGCACAGGCUGUAUCCCCUUGUUGCUAUGUCGUCUAUGGCCACCAGGAUCCGUGCAUGCAACGGGCGUCGACAUUUCCGAAGAUGCGAUCCGGCUUGCAAGGGACAAUGCGGAGCUGUGUGGUGUCAUGCUCCAUGAACCUGGGCAGAACGAUGCAGUGCCUGUCGACAUCGCUGGCGAUCGGGAGCACAAUUGGUUCAGACCAAUCCUGGCUGAUAUACGUGAUCCCGAUUUUGUUCGCAAGAAUGAGCUGCAGAGGCCGUUCGACGUGAUCACGUCCAAUCCUCCGUACAUCUCGAAGCGUGACUACGAGAAGCUUCCGUCCUCCGUCAAGGACUACGAAGACUGGCGUGCGUUGCUCGGCGAUGACCCAGGUGUCGACGGCCAGGGCCUCACUUUCUAUCAUGAUAUUAUUGGUCUGCUCAGCAAUGGCGAACUAGAAAUGCUGAAAAAGGAUGGCAUUGUCGUGCUGGAGGUUGGUGAGGGCCAGGCGGGCGAUGUCGCAGAAUCACUCGAAAGGCGAGCACAACUUCGCGAUAUCAAGAUCUGGAAGGAUCCUUGGGGCAAGGAACGCGUAGUCAUUGGAAGAUAUCACAAUUAA